AUGCGACUUUCCAUUCGCAAGGCCAGCGCCGUUGUUGCCAACUCGGGCCUCAUGAACACCGUUGCCUUCAAGGCUUCCGCCUCUGCUGCCGGUGUCAAGAACUGGAAUGUUUCAGUCACUAAUGUUUACGAUCCGGUCGUCAAAGCUGGUUUGGGUGCCGUUGUCGAAUUCCAGGACUUCAUCCCCCACCGAAUCCGAGGCCAGGUCUCCGAUGCCACCCUUGAGAAGACCCUCGCUAUCUUCGAGAAGAUGCGGGCCGACAACGCCAAGGCCUACCAGAUCAAAAACACUCUUGGCCCAAUCUUCCUUGAAGAAGCCAAGGCCAUCGAGGCUGCCCGGACCGAUGCCGUCCCUCGAAUUCGACGAGAGAACCGAGCUCUUUCUAACCUCUACUACCUUUACAUGGGUCCCCCACCAAAGAUGACCGGCUCAUCUCCCAUCGAAGGUCACCGAAUGUUGAACACCGCUUCCUGGAUCAACCUUGUCGAACGAUACCCACCAGUUGUCUCCAUGCACGGUCACUUCAAGGACCAGGGGAUGCCACUCAACCCCGAAAAUGGCUGCAUCGAGGAUGUCCUAUCCAAGGACCGAGUCUGGCCCCACACUGGAGAGCCCGUCCUUGAGGCCGUCCACGGUGCCUGGGCCGGCGAAUUCUUCUUUGAGGGAGAAGAUGCCGCUGGACAGACUGUCCGAAUCCCAAUCCAGGCCCCAGUCCCUGCCAACGUUGAGACCGUCCAGGCUGAUGGCGAGACCGCUGUUACCACCGUCUCCCCAGCUACCUCUGGCAUCACCGAGGCUAGCUUCAUCACCAACGAUGCUGGCUUCCCCCGAUUCACCCUUGGUCCAGUCUACGGAUGGCUCCAGGGCGCCGGUACUCCAAGCCAGCAGGCUGCUGAGUAUGCCGCCAAUGCUGCCGUCCUCGACAAGUUUAACGGCUUCCAGUCCUUGGUCGCCAUCAAGCCAGCCACCGUCAACACCUUGACUGACUUGUCUCCCUUCUCCCCCCGAAACGCCGCCAAGUUCAACACCCAGACCCUCUACGGCCGAUCCAACUACGUCAAAAUGGUUUUCACCAUGGUCUUCGCCCGAAAACAUGUCAAGGAAGCUUGCUUUUCGCUAUUUUUCAUCAUUAUUCUUCAAACCGUCGCUUACAAAAUUCUGUUCGACAUGAAAUUCCUUGCGCGCAAUCUUUCUCUUUGUGGAACCGUGUGUCUUCUUCUGGCCGAAGUCAUGGGGGCCGCUUCCACCAUGUUUGCCGGCGUUCCCACUCUCGACGACAAUCAGUCCCAGAACUACCUUCAGUUAUCUGGUCGCAUCCUGCUCAUUUUUAUGUUCAUGACUCUCCUCCACUUUACCUUCAGUCUCAAGGAUCUCCUCGUCAACUGCGUCGGCAUGGGCCUGAUGCUUCUCGUCGCCGUCGGUUACAAGACCAAACUCGCGUCCAUGGUCAUGGUCUGCUGGCUCCUCGCUCUCAACUGCAUUCUCAACGAUUUCUGGCGUCAUAGAUCUACUUCUAUUAUGUGGGACUUCAAGAAAUACGAUUUCUUCCAGGCUCUUACUGUCAGCGGUGGUCUUCUUUUACUGACUGCCUUCGGUCCCGGGGAGUCUCCAUCGACAAGAGAAAGAAGGACUUCUAGACUACGUUUUCUUCACUAA